CUCGCCAGUUGCUGGAUCGUGCUGGACUGGAACGGUUCGCAGGCACGCACGCACGCACGUGUGUUGGUAUUGCUUUCGCGUCCAAGCUGCUGCUGCUCUUUCGAACGAUUUCGGACAAAACCCGCCAAACCAAUCGUACGGCCACGAAGUCCGGUGUGUUGUGUGGCGGUGUGGCACGGAAACCUGACGCCUGACGCUCGGAGAAGUGCCGCAGGAAACUUUCGCAAAUCGCCAAAACCGGCCGGCCAGCUGCAGACCAGUGGGACCGCAGCAACGCGCUAGCACCCCAGAAACCAGUUCCUGCGCUGCGCUCGUGUGUGCGCGUCGCUCCAUUGCACUCCCGCCAUUGUUAUUACACGGUAGGACGGACGGUCGGGUCGGGCACAGUGACAGUAGUGGCCGCCGUGUUUCGCGGAUCGGCGCACAGUACAGUCGAUACCGACCAGUGGUCGACACCGAGUGGUGGGCUGUUGUCUCGUUCGUUUCGGUGUCGUGGUUGAUGAGCGAUCGGAAUCCACAACAGGCUGCCAGACGGACGGAUCCUUCGGCCUGGAUAAGACGACAGUCGAGGUCCAGAAGCGGAGGUGUAUUAGUAGUGACAGCCAGUAGUGGUUCCUGAGCGACGUUCUGUGUGUUCUUAUCAGUCGAGCAUCACUCGGAAGCGCCAUUUUUCCAGUUGGUUGACCAACAUGGAAACGAAACCGAGCAUUACGGAGGGCGAUGGCAUCGAGGCGCCGCUGUGGAUGUUUUGGAAGCGUCGGCGUUACAUUGUCGUGUUUAUGGCUUUUCUUGGAUUCUUCAACGUCUACUCGCUGCGCGUGAACCUGAGCGUGGCCAUCGUCGCGAUGACGGAGAACAGGACCGUCCAGUACGAUAACGGCACGAUAGGAUACGAGCAAUACUUUGAUUGGAGCUCGAGCCUGCAGGGUUACGUGCUGAGUUCGUUCUUCUACGGCUACAUCUGCACGCCAUUUCUCGGUGGUUUCAUUUCGAACCGUUUCGGAGGCAAUUACGUGUUUGGCGUUGGCAUUGGAACGACGGCCGUACUGACGCUGCUGACACCGUUGGCGGCAAAGGCGGGCGUAGCGGUCCUGCUGGCCGUCCGUAUCGUCGAGGGUAUCUUCGAAGGUGUGACCUUCCCGUGCAUCCAUGCCGUCUGGUCCCGGUGGGCACCACCGAUCGAACGUUCCCGGAUGGCGUCGAUAGCGUUCGCCGGGAACUAUGCCGGUACGGUCGUGGCCAUGCCGAUGAGCGGUGUUCUGGCGAAUGCGUGGGGCUGGGAAAGUGUUUUCUAUGUGUUCGGUGUGAUCGGAUGCGUUUGGUUCGUCGCCUGGAUGUACUUCGUCAAAACGUCCCCGGAGGUCGAUAAGUGGAUCGAACCGAGGGAGAAGGAGUACAUUCUCGAGUCACUGGGACGUACCGAGGGUGAAACGCAGAAGGUACGGCACCCGUGGAAGGGUAUCCUGACGUCGAUUCCGGUCUGGGCGCUCGUUGUUUCGCACUUCUCCGAGAACUGGGGCUUCUACACGUUGCUCACGCAGCUGCCAACGUUCCUGAAAGAUGCCAUGCACUUUGAGCUGGAAAAGACGGGCUUCAUCUCGGCCGUACCGUACCUGGUGAUGGGUAUCCUUCUGUUUGUGUCCGGUAUUCUCGCGGAUUGGUGUCAGGAGAAGGGUUUCCUGACGACAACGCAGGUCCGGCGGUACUUUAACUGUGGUGCUUUCCUGGCCCAAACCGUCUUCAUGAUUGUCGGAGCGUUUAUCCUGGAACCGGGACCAACCAUUACCUGUAUUACGAUCGCCGUUGGUUUGGGUGCGUUCGCGUGGUCCGGAUUCGCCGUCAAUCAUCUGGAUUUGUCGCCCAAGAGUGCGGGUGUACUGAUGGGCAUCUCGAACACUUUCGCCACCAUUCCGGGUAUCGUGAGUCCCAUCAUUACGGGUUACAUUACGUCGAACAAGGAGGAGAACGAGUGGAAGACCGUAUUCUACAUUGCGGCCGGUAUCUAUCUGGUCGGUUGUGUGGUGUACUGGUUCUUUGCUUCUGGGGAGCUGCAACCCUGGUCGAUUGAAGCUCAGGAGCGACGGGAGCUCGAGAAGCAAACGGCGGCCGAGAACAAGCAGCAAUUGCCGGGCAUCGAGCAGUUGGCGUACUGGAACAAAGUCAACGUUGAGGAUGAGAUGUAAGGUGGUUUCUGAUCGGUGCCGUGUCUAUGCAUUAGCUACCUGUGUCUGUGUGCGUGUAUGUGUGAUCUUAGAGAUCAUCUUAUUGUUUGUGAUUGAAGUGUAAGCUAGCUUAGUUUAGAUUUAGCAAAGUGUUUUAUUUUGAGUACAUUUUGUUACGAAUAAAAUGCAUGUUAUUUACCUUCUCCA